AUGCUGGAAGCAAUUUUAUCUGAUAUGCGAGAGCUAGAGGCUAAUUUUAAUGCAGCUAAGAAGGAGCGUGAUUCCAAAGGGGUAGAUUGCCCUGUGUCUUUGUUAGAAUUUUUAAAAAAAUGUGAAAAACGAAUAACAGCUCUACAAGCGCAGUGCAAAACCGCUUCUGAAGCUUUUAAUGCUUGUGUUGAAUUUUAUGGAGAGUCAUCUCGAAAUCAGCAGCCACAUACAUUUUUUUCUCGUCUGUUGACAUUUGCUAAACGUUUCCAACAAGCAGUUGCUGAGAAUGAAGCUCGCUAUAUUGCAGAACAGCGCGCUCAGGAAGAUCAAAUUCGGCGGCAGCGAAUUGGUGUAAGGCGACGAAUGACUAAAGACGAACUGAGUGAGAAUGUGAUUGAUGAACUAGCGCAGAAAAUUGUGAUGGCUGAUUUAAAUUGUGAUUCAAGUGUGAAGCCGAGAAAAACGAAAUUAGAUUCUAGUCAAAUUGAUGAUGGUGAUUUUGAGAAAAUAAUGAACGGUUUGAAAGAAGGAGCUUAUGUAACAUUUGAUGGUGUACAAUGUACAAAACGUUAUAGUUCAUCUGUUGCAAUUAGUGGCAAAAAAUUCAUGAACCCACCACCUGUUGGGCCAAAAGCAAAUCGACCACCUGAAAAACCUCAGUGCCUUUGA